CCAACGCGAAAUGGCUGACCGUUGGCGCAUGAUGACAAGCCCUUAUGGAAGCGCACAAUCCUUGUAAAUUAAAGCUACUAUCCUUUAUGAUUUGCUUCACUCUUAUCGUAUUGCUACCUACAGACGACAUCCUAUAAACGCCUUCUCGCGUGAUCCUCACCAACCCUAAACACUAAGGCUCUUACCAAGCUUUAACGCUAGCAGGAAGAAUACACUGUCAAUAUAGAAUAGGAUACAACAGAUCGUUCGUCAUUGCACUCGUGUAUUGCUGUUAGGGCAAGAUGGACGACGACGAAGACACUCUCAGCUCCAUGUCUGGAGAUUACGGAGUGGAUAUACUGCCGUCUUCGUCUGACGAUGAGGAGCACGAGGACGAGGUUGUGCUAGAGCAAGCAGACAAUGAGGAUGCGGACGACGCUGAAUCGGAAGAGGGCCAUGCCAUGCUCGGUGGUCGCGCGACGGGUCGUCUGUUUGGUAGACUACCAGAUUCCUAUCUACAGGGCACCGGCGACGCACCCAAUGCUCUGGGUCCUGUACAGGCGCCGGCGCGGGAGGAUGUACAUGCGCAGGCGGAGGAGGAGUCUACGCUAGCGUCAUGCAUGCAGUCGCCAGGUCUGCGGGCUGGGAAAACGGUCAUUAAUACGCACAACAACAAGCUAGCGGACUUCCUCUCAUACUCACCCAGCCACAGCCGAGUCGCCAUUCAGUACCCAGACAGCAACCGACAGCUGCACGUCAAGGCGGGCAACGUACAGGUUUGUCCCCUUGGGGGCAAGUAUGACCAGCGGCGAUCUCUGUUGUCGGGCAAGGACACUGGCGACCAGGCAGUUCUAGGGACAAGUGGCAGGUAUACAGGCGAGGUUGGCGUCGUCCCU